UUACUGUAAUCAGAGGAAGGAAAAGACAACUCAGUCCUGGUAUAAAACCUUCUUGUGGUGCCCCAUCCCACACCUUUGGGGCUCUGAGGGCUCUCCUUCAACCAUGAAGGCUUUGCUGGUUGCCCUGCUGGCGGCUGUCCUGUGUGCCCAGCCAGCUUCCUCCCUGUUCUGCUACACGUGUGAAAACGAACAUUCCAACUGGAACUGCCUCAAAACCUACAAGUGUGAAGACCAUGAGAAGUUCUGCACGACCACGUACAGCUCUGCUGGGAUUGGCAAGGACGUGGGCCACCGAAUCACCAAGAAAUGCUCCGUGGACUGUCCCGAGACGAACGUGAACUUCGGGGUGGCGGCUUUUUCCACCAAGUGCUGCAGCACCUCCCUGUGCAACUUCAGCGGCGCCAACAGCGUCCGAACCAGCUACGCCGUGAUGCUCCUGGGAAUCGCGGCCAGCCUGGUCUGCGCCGUCAGGGCAGGAUGGUGAGGAGGGGUGGGACAACAUGGGGCGACCCAAGAACCCUCGAGGUAUCCCCCGAGGGAGCAGCCAAGCUCCUCUGUCAAGUGGUUCCAGCGGGGUCUGUGCUGCCCUGUUGUUAUCCGAGACAGAUCCCGUUCCCGACGCCACACGGCAGCGCAGCUCCUGGUUUUUUUUCCCCCCCUCCCCGUUUUAUACUAAUUUUCCCUGGAAAAGCUCUUUUGAUAGCACAGCACCAGACAAAAUAAAGAUUUGUGUUAUUCUA